AUGACGCUCUUGCACCCCCCGCAGGACUCCCCCAGCGGGCUAUCUUCGCGAGUGGCGUUCCUCAGCUGUCUUCUCCUCGGUCUCCUACUAACCACUGCCUAUUCGGCCACUCUCAUCUCGUUCCUGAGCUCCUCGGGCAGCCCGCGGCCGCCGUUUGCCGACCUGCAGGGCCUCACCAAGAUGCCCGACUGGAGCGCCGGCUGGAAGGAGGGCGAGCUGAUCGAGAACGUGCUGGACUGGUGUGCCCUGAGGGACAACCCGAUGCCCGACUGUCACACACUGACCGCCGUCUGGAAUGGUCACGUUCUGCCCGACAAGAGAAACAACCUGGUGCAGAGCUACGAGGAGGGAUUCAGAAAGGUGGCGCGAGGCAACUAUGCGUUCAUUGCUCCCAAUGAGGCAGCCGACUAUCAACUAUCCAAGAUGGCUCCCGAGAUAGCUUGUCGUGUGCACAAGCUGGAGGUAGAAUACGCCCCGGGCGGUAUCGCGCUCGGCCUACAAAACAACUCACCCUACAAGGAGCUCUUCGACCAGAGUCUGCAGCGUCUGGACGAAGCAGGCGUCACGGAGAAGCUCUACCGCUCCAUCCUUCGCCAGCGGGAGGUCUGCAGUCCCCAGCUGGCGUCAGCCGCCACCCUGCUUCAGACCCUGGGUGCCUUCCUGCUGUUGCUAGCUGGGAUGGUGUCCAGCGGGCUGAUGCUACUAGCAGAGCGACUGCACAGCCGGGCAAAACGACGGAGGGAGGCUGGAAGAAACCACAAGCUACCGAUCACAAACCCCAGCAUCAGGCGCAUACCACGGACAAUUCAUCUGCAAAUCAAGACGUGGUAUUGAAGAAUAGUCGAUCUAGAAGCUAUAGUGCACAGAGUAUUUCACUCACAAUGGACAUCCAUGCGACACAAUAUCACCACUCAAAAGUAAAAUUUCAAACAUUAUCUAUCAUGAAGCUGAUACGCUUGUUUUGUGGCAUUUCGGAGUGACACUCAGAGAAAUUAUUAUAGUCAUCAAUUGACAGUACAGUCUGUCUUAAAAUUACCGCACAAAGUAAGGGUAGAUCC